CCCGAGCCAAUGGAUGUGCAUUGCAUGUAUUUUCAAUUCGCGCCACUGCGCAAACCAAUCAACAUGCUUGUGACCUUCGAAAAUUGCUUGAUUGUAAAAAGAUGAAUGUCUGCUUUUUCCGCUAAAAACUCGUUCUGCUUGCCCGUCUUGUUCGAUCAAUGAUGGAUUCGAUUGAUCUGAGCUUCUUGCGCAGCUUAUUUACGAGCGCAUCUCCAAAUAAUAAAACAAGUACAGAGAAUGAAAAUAUCAAAGGAGUAUCUAACAAGGAUACUCGGCCUGUCAACUCUACAGCAAACACAUCUACAACCUCUAACGGUGCCCCGCUCCUUGACGGGAACCCGAAAGAUCUGCCUUCCCGUGCACUUGACAGGUCGUCUAAUCUUGGCACGGAAAACUCAACGCAUGCCAACAAGCCGAAUUCUGGCUAUGAAGCGGCUUCUGUCGACCGAGCGGCUCUUCUUAGCCAUGCCAUGCCUGCCUCUGGAUUGAUCUCCACAACUAAUUGGAACCAUGAGUUAAACAACGUAUCUGCGGUGAACGAGAAGCCCAACACCAUCAAGGACGAGUCAAAAGCCACCACUCUUCCGGUGCGUUUCUCUUCUGAGCAACGUGCAAAUCCCACAAGUGGCGACCAAGCCAAUGCCGCAGUCGGUAGCACGAAGAAUAUCGCCAGUAUACCCUCCUCUUCCACCUCUAUACAGCCAAUUCAGUCAACCGCUGCAUCAGCUUCAGCAUCAGUAUUAAAGACAACGCCUCCACCUACUGUUCAGCCGAGCUACCAUAACCCGCAGUACGAUCAACUUUUAGCGGAUGUACUUGAAUUAUCCGGCAUGAAAGCGCCGUCUGUACGUCCGGCGUCUCCUGAACCUAUCGAUCUUUCCACUCUUAUACGAGACCCUGGCGAUCACCCGAAGCAAACUUAUCACCGUCCCGAAAAGCAACUCAAAGGAAGAAACCAAAAGAAAAGCAAACUAAAGAAGAAUCAAAACCAGGUCAAAGCCAACGUGCCACGUCAGAAUCUAUAUCCAAACCAGAACGAACGACGUAAAAACCAACGUAAAGAUCAGAACAAAAACCAGCGUCAAAAUCAAAAUCAAAAUGAAAAGAAAGCCGACGCGGCAAAGAACACGGUACAACAAGUCCAGCCUGAUAUUCUUGACGUGGCAAAUCAGAUAAUGGGACGCCCCGAGAAAAGAGCGUUUAUCCCAGAUACCCCUCCUGUUCCCACUUCAUCCCAGCCAACUCAUGGCAAGAAAGCUAAACUGGACAUGGCCCAUUCCCCGGGAUCUGGGAAAGCCCCCAAUUCCCGAGCUUCGGUACCAUGUCGUUUUUGGCUAAAAGGCAAAUGUAAAUCGGGAGAACAAUGUCCGUUUCAGCAUGAAGGGGACCCGUUUGUGUCGGUGUGUCGAUUCUUUAAAACGAAUUCUUGCGUCAACGGAGAUCAGUGUCCAAUGUCUCAUGAUUUGAGGCUGGAACCUUGUCGGUUUUAUCACGUCAAAGGUGUAUGCGAUUCUGGCGAAAUGUGUCCUUUUUCGCAUGAGCCUCUUACACCCACCCUCCUACGACGACUCCAUGUCAUGACAGGACCGUGUCGAUUUUAUCACUUCAAGGGUUACUGCAACAGUGGCGAUCAGUGUUUAUUCUCGCACACGGAUAUUAGCGAAGCGGAACGACGAAAGCUGGAAAAGACGCUCCUGCCUUGUAAAUUCUAUCAUUCACAUGGGUCUUGUGCGGCUGGCGAUGAUUGCUUUUAUCUGCACGACGAAAUCCAAGGGGUACAGGUAUGUAAUGGACCAUAUUGGCUGACAUGCACCUUUUUUUUACUCAUUGGAUGAUAUUUGUUUCACAGCAGCCAAAAUAGAUCUUCAAUUUGGGCAUUGUCAACAUGAGAAAAGUCGCAUAUUUUCCCUCCUGCAAUCUUCACUGUAUUUUAUGUCCAAUCAUUAGCAUUCACUCGCUUACACUGCAUUCAAUUAAAUCCACGACAUAUCAAUUAGCAUUACACACAUUGUUGUUCUUUUG